AUCGUAAGUGCUGUGUCGCUUACAUCAAAAAGCUCCCUGGACAACAACAAAAACAACAGACUUUUUUCAAAAAGAAAAAUGACAGAACAACCAAAACAUAAGCCUCCCCAUGGGAUGGAACCAUACGAUUUAGGUGGUGGAGAUGACUUGGGAGCACUUAGCAAAGAACAACAACAGAAACUGAACGAUUUCAAGAAAAAGACCAGAGUAGAAAAUGAAAAAUACCUCAGAGACCACCCAGAAGUAGAAUGCUUAUUAUCAGGAUUUCUUGGGGAAGUAUUAAAAGAAAGACCUGAAAACAUAAGAGAUUUUGCUGCAGAUCAUUUCACAAAUACAGAAUUACCAGGACAAUUACAGAAAACAUUAGAGAUUAGACAAGCUAGAAUAAAGCAAAAUAGGAUUUUACAGAAAAUAUAACGGAACUGCUGUUAUUUCAUAUUUAUUGUCAUUGUGUAUAAUGUUGAAUAUUGUAUAAAACAUUAAACUGUUUUAAGAUAUGAAAAAAAAACUCAGUUUGUGUCUGCAAUGAGUAAUAUAUUAAGCAUUUAGUUGGUUUGGUGUGUAAAAACAUAACUCCUUGCCUGGUCUUGUAAGGGGGUCUGUUUUUCUCUUUUGUUUAUGUCUGAACCAAUCAUUAAGUACCAGCACUCUGUUUUCUCUGGUGACUUGUAUUAAUGAUUAAGUACCAGAAUUUGUUUAUUCUGGUGACAUGUACCAAUGAUUAGGUACCAGAAUUUGUUUAUUCUGGUGACAUGUACCAAUGAUAUAAGUACCAGAAUUUCUUUACUCUGGUGACAUGUACCUAUGAUAAAUUACCAGAAUUUUGUAUACACUGGUGACCUGUACCAAUUAUUAAGUACCAGCAGUUACUUGCAUGAUAUGAUAACCAUCUUCACAAAACAUGCCUUACUAGAUUACUUCCAUAUGGUUUGGUUUAUUCUGAAAGAACAUGAUUUAUUUACUGUGAAUUAAGAAAUUUUUGCAUGUUUUUAUCAUUGCAAAUGUGACCAGUGGACAAAAAUGGGAAUCCUAUUUUGUUGCAAUAAUAAAAACCUUGUGACAAGA